CUCGAAUUAUUUUGACUCCGACAGCCACACAGCUCUUGACAGGGCUAAGCAGUUUCUGCGACGGGGCCCAACAGCUGAUGCGUAAAUGUUACCAUUGUUAGUUUCUUCACGUUAUGUCCAACUGAUAGACGCUGAUAGAAAAGCCGAUUUUAAGAUAGUUAGCGUGCGGAAGACUCGCUUGUCGUUCACGGACGAUUGACUGCCUGUGACAUCUUCAGCUUUUCACUGUGACCAUGGAUCGCCGCAGGCGUACAAUUUCGAAUGAGGGGGUUAGUCGGAAUGACUCAGACGAAACUUUUUACGAACCCGACUUGGACAAGCACCCUGACGAGGUGGAUGAGGCCCGCUGCUUUGCCGCUGACAGCGAGGCCGUGGACGCCUACUUCGAGCAGACCUACAACAGGUACGGCCUGCAUCCCAGCCUUGUGUCGCGCGCCCCCAGAUCACCCCGCGGAGGGACAGACGAGACGUUCUACUCUCCCGCUGAGCGGGGCGGUCCCCGAGCUCCGCCGCAGCCGACGCAGCUGCCGGACACGGACGAGACGUUCUUCGAGCCGGCUGCUGGGGGCGCGCACCCGCACCGCGCUGGCCGCCGCCCCGUUGUCCCGGCUGACUCCCGGGUGGUGCCGCAGUCCCCGCCCUCGCACGUGCUCGCCGACGACGAGGAUGAAGCUUUCUACGAAGAGGGCGACUACGGGAUUCUGGAAGACGCCGUGGGUUCGGCGCUUGGCCUCCCCGAGGACGCCGGUGUUGCCGAGAACAGCAGCCUGUUCACCCACGACUGGAGCCAGCUCUGCUGGGGCCAGUGGAACGUUCCAAGGGACCACCAGCAGCAAGGUGAUGUCGCGAACGACGUGUACCUUCAGAUUCCGGACCCCGUGACCCAGGAGGUGCACUCGUACAAAGUACCGGGAGUGAGGAUGGAUGACCCCGACUCGCUGAGUAUGUUCACUCAGGACCUCGGCUGGACACAGACGCAGCCAUGCGCCUUUUUGGCCAACCACGAGCCCUCCGGCGGCCUGGCGCUGGUGAUGACCCAGGGCACGCAGGACCUCGACUGGACGCAGACGCAGCACCUCGUGCAGAUGGCCUCGUCCGAGAGUCAAGUCAUGGAUACCAUCAGCGCUGGAGACCUCGACGGCUUCGCCUGUGAGCAGCAGACUUGCGCCCCGACUGGUGCCUCGGCCUUGGCCUCGGCCGGGUCGCAGCAGGCCUCCUCAAACGACCAGUCCAUGGAGACCGUAACGCGCCCACCCCAGAGAAUGCAGGCCAACUCGUCCUCCCUCGUAUCCUCGGACCCAAACGUCGUGCCCUCCAUACCGUCCUUCGAGGACGAAGCCUACGUCGCCCCACCUCCGUGCCUGCCCUUGGAGGAACAGCGCAAGAUGGAGGAGAUAGUCGCCUCUUUUAGGAACAUCAGCUUCUGUCUUAACGAUGCCGAGGCCGUGCCCGACGCGACGAGGGACGUUGAGGAGGCCGUCCUGCCGCCCUCCAGGACGUCCUGCAGUCUCCAGCCCUCGCAGGGGCCGCGCAGCCCCACGUUCCCCACCAAUGCCCGUCGACGUGGCCGUCGACCACGGCCGCGCGCCAGGACCGUCCCCUCGGUCCCCUCCGAGGGUCAGGCGCCCUCGAGCCCCGUGCUUGGCAGCGGGAAGGCCUCCAGUAACGCCCCCGGCAAGAGGAAGCGUACCGCCGCAAGUCAUCGAAGGAGUCAGUCAGCAGUCCCCACAUGCAGCCCUUCAUCACCUCCACGAAGAAAGGCGAGGAAAACUACCUGUGCUGCACGGAACGCAUCGAAGGGACGUGCCGAGAUGAUACCCAUGUACGCGAGGCUUCAGGAGAUGCGCUUCUUAAUGCAAGGUGUUGUCAGAGGCACCGAGCCUCUCCCCACGUCUGAAGAGGUGGCAUUGUUAAGAGGCGAAGUUUUAACUAUCGAGAACAAUUUAAAGCAAGCAUUGAAAUUCGAUGUAGCAAGUAAACCGGUCAAAGUGAAGCAGGAGGAAGCUUUGCAGGUAGCAGACAAAAUUUUGCAUCAGCUCCGGGUGCUGGCUGAAAUACAGAAUUCAGAGGCAACACAGGAUAUAACAGAAGAUAAUACUCAUGGAACCUCAUGUAGUAACCCUGCCGCAAUUGAGCCAUGUGAUUCCAGUCCAUUCAAUAUUGAAACAGACGCCAAAACAAGAAACACCGACAAACAACUACCCAAAACAGAAGAUUCCCUUAGAGUUGACUCUUCCAUGUAUAACAAAACAGAGCAAAAGGCUGUGGACACCCUCAACCUGCAAGAGUGUCAUCAACUGUCACAUGGAGAUAUACAUUUCAUUCAAGAGGAAGACCGCCAAGAAAAUGACACACAUGAUGAAACAAUUGGCGAAUGUGACCCUACUUUUGCCAAAGAGGGUUAUUUUCAUGAGCAAGUCAAUACUACAGCAAAAAUUUCAGAUAUCAGUGCUGCUUGCAUAUCCAAAUCUCCUAAGGUGGAUACCUCACUGCAAAUUCAAAAUAUUCAGGGUAAUUGUAGUACAUUCAAGUCCAAAGAAAAUACCCAAUUGUUGAUAUCGAAAGGACCUGACACUUGCUGCUCCUAUAGUGCUGAGAAGUCAGAUUUGCUGAUUUCAAAAGAGCUGCCAAUAUACACAGACGAUUCCCGAGAGACGGAAUUUACCAGUACUGACAAAGCAAGCUCCCCAGAGCAAAACAAAGAAGAAGUCAGCAAAGUCCAGUUGGAGUACCAGCAAUUAAUUAGCUUGAUCAAAAUGAGCUCAGAAAUGUCAAGGUCUCAAGCAAAAGAAAACAGAAAAGUAACAGACUAUGUAUGGAGAGGUGGUCCACUAAAACUGACAGGUAUUCUGCUGCCGAAAAGUUCUGAAUUGGCACCUAUUGAUGACUUGCCUCCAAACUUUUGGGAUGAUCCUCAAGCUCCAAUUCCUGAAGAAUGGGCUAACAUGCUAGAAUGGGAUGAAUAA